GCGGUGCGGGGGCGUGCUGAGUGGGGGAGGCGUGGCCCAAGCCGCGGCGGGCGGCAGGCUGGGAGUGUUCAGCCGUCUGCCGCCGGGCAGGCGGCUCAGACCAUGUCGCCUGAAGAAUGGACGUAUCUAGUGGUUCUUCUUAUCUCCAUCCCCAUCGGCUUCCUCUUUAAGAAAGCUGGACCCGGGCUGAAGAGAUGGGGGGCAGCAGCUGUGGGCCUGGGGCUCACCUUGUUCACCUGUGGCCCCCACACUUUGCAUUCUCUGAUCACCAUCCUGGGGACCUGGGCCCUCAUUCAGGCCCAGCCCUGCUCCUGCCACGCCCUGGCUCUAGCCUGGACCUUCUCCUAUCUCCUGUUCUUCCGAGCCCUCAGCCUGCUGGGCCUGCCCACUCCCACGCCCUUCACCAAUGCUGUCCAGCUGCUGCUAACAUUGAAGCUGGUGAGUCUGGCCAGUGAAGUCCAAGACCUGCACCUGGCCCAGAGGAAAGAAAUGGCCUUGGGCUUCAGCAAGGGGUCCACUCUGGGACUGCUGCCCGAUGUCCCCUCCUUGAUGGAGACAUUCAGCUACAGCUACUGCUAUGUAGGAAUCAUGACAGGCCCAUUCUUCCGCUACCGCACCUACCUGGACUGGCUGGAGCAGCCCUUCCCUGGGGCGGUGCCCAGCUUGCGGCCCCUGCUGCGGCGAGCCUGGCCGGCCCCACUCUUCGGCCUGCUGUUCCUGCUGUCUUCCCACCUCUUCCCUCUGGAGGCCGUGCGUGAGGACGCCUUCUACGCCCGCCCGCUGCCUGCCCGCCUAUUCUACAUGAUCCCCGUCUUCUUCGCCUUCCGCAUGCGCUUCUACGUGGCCUGGAUUGCAGCUGAGUGCGGCUGCAUUGCCGCUGGCUUCGGGGCUUACCCCGUGGCCGCCAAAGCCCGGGCCGGGGGCGGCCCCACCCUCCAAUGCCCACCCCCCAGCAGUCUGGAGAAGGCUGCUUCCUUGGAGUACGACUAUGAGACCAUCCGCAACAUCGACUGCUAUGGCACAGACUUCUGCGUGCGGGUGCGGGAUGGCAUGCGGUACUGGAACAUGACGGUGCAAUGGUGGCUGGCACAUUAUAUCUACAAGAGCGCACCUUUCCGCUCCUAUGUUUUAAGGAGCGCCUGGACCAUGCUACUGAGCGCCUACUGGCACGGUCUCCACCCGGGCUACUACCUGAGCUUCCUGACCAUCCCGCUGUGCCUGGCUGCUGAGGGCCGGCUAGAAUCAGCCCUGCGGGGCCAGCUGAGCCCUGGGGGCCAGAAGGCCUGAGACUGGGCACACUGGUUCCUGAAGAUGCGUGCCUAUGACUACAUGUGCAUGGGCUUUGUGCUCCUGUCCCUGGGCGACACUCUUCGGUAUUGGGCCUCCAUCUACUUCUGCAUCCACAUCCUGGCUCUGGUAGCCCUGGGGCUAGGGCUGGCUUUGGGCGGGGGCAGCCCCAGCCGGAGGAAGACAGCAUCCCAGGCCACCAGCCUUGCCCCAGAAAAGCUCCGGGAGGAAUAAGCAGCCACAGCACUCCCUCUGCCAGCUUUUCCAGCCACCAAGCUUUUGCCUGUGAAUUCUGUGAACCAGGCUGCUGUCUUCUUUCCCAGAAGGAGUUUUUAAUCUGGCUAGGGCCCUGGAGAGGAUUCCCUCAGCUAACUACUCUGCCUUCAACUGGAGCCUAGAAGGGGUACCAGCUCCCCAAACUUCUUCUGCCUGCUGGCCCUGUGCCCUGGGACCUUCAGUGGCCACUUUCCCUCCCAUAAAAUCAAGACACUAUCCAGACAGGAGUCUUGCUUUGUCCUUGUUCCAGCUUCAGGAUAUCAAGAAAGUGCUGGGCUUCCCCCAAACAGCAGGGACUGAUGGGUGAUGUGGUUUCUUGGGCAAAUUCUCUUUCUUUGAAUCCAGUCCAGAGUAGAUCUGGAGCCUCUGGCCGGGCCAGAUUCUAGGAGUAGGGAAUCUCUUUCUUGUGUAUUUCACUCUACUUUUAAAUCAUCAAACCAGUAUUUCAGAUGUGGAAGGGAACAUAACCUUCCCAUUUCAUAAAGGGGAAACUGAGGCGCAGGUGAGCAGGCCUGGAGACUGCCGUUCUGCAGCUCCCAUCUAAGCCACCUCAGGCGCCAAUGCACCUGUCACCUCUAUCAUCCCUUGGCCUAAGACAGGUCAGAAUGUGUAAAUCUUUCCCAAUAAAGUGUUGCA